CGCUCUCGAUUUAUCUGCGAUCGUGUGGUUACGUCUUUAAAAAAGCGAUAUUCUCGUCACUUGAUUAGCGUGGUCUUAUUUAAAAUGGCCGCCUACUGCUGAGAAGUAACGCGGUUAUAAGAUGUCAACAUGUCGCUUCUGAGAUUAUGUGCCUUUGCCAAAUGCUUAGGUCGUCGCGGUUUUCUACAAACGCCCGCCGUUCGGACGUCUUUUGCUGACGACUGUCAGCUAUGUUCGUCCCUGAGAAACCGGACCGGACGCAGGCAAAUAACAGGUACAGCUGUCCACAAUCAGAGAACAAACGUUUCCUUUGUUUUCCCAAAGAAAGAAGAUGUAAGGAAACGUUUGCCGGAACAUUCCCAACUAUUAGAUGUGCUUGAAGCCAGGGUCCACCAACUCCUAAGUCAUGUUACAGAUGUCCCACAUGCUCAGGUUCCGUUUCAUCGACCGCCCUCUUCUAAAAAUAUUAUUUUAUCAGGCAUCAGUCCCAAUAAACAACCCCAAAAGGUUACAGACAAACCUAAAUCAAAAGUUAAAGCAGAUGCCAAAUCUCUGACAAGUCCCUGGAAACAAAGAAUAAGUCAGGAGAAGAAAACCCGUCUUAUACAACAGCAGCACCUACGGAAUGUCAAAAUUGAUCCCAGCAAAAUCAUGUCAUCUGUGCAUCAUGACAUAGCACACAAAACAAUAUUUUUGACACCUAAAAAGACUGCAACGUCAACAAAAAUAAUGAGCAAAGUCAAGAAGGUAUCAGAUAAAAAUGAUGCUAAAGCAGCCAUUCCACAAACAGCUACAUCGACAGUCACCAAAGGUGCUGGGGAAGUCUCUAAAAAGCUCAGUAAAAUGGAGCAAAAGCCAUCUAAGAACAGUACUAAGGAAACCACAGAGGAGGCAGCUAAAAUGGAAAAGCCAAAGACCAGUCUCCGACAGAAGCUAAACCAGAAAACCACUGCAACAUGUCCACAGGAGGGUGCUAGAGGAUCUGCAUCUGUGGAAGUCCGACACUCCGUCCGUGCCUACUUGGAGGCAUGUUUGUUUUCAGGCAACAUUGACACGGGCCACAGUUUUCUGCUGAAACUGCACAGAAUGGAGGACCGACGGAAACAUCUGAACACAGAUAUUUACAAUAUCCUGAUGAGCGGCUGGGCGAAGAAGGGCUCAUUAAACAAUGUUGGCCAACUGUUUAUACUCUUAGAGGAGGCAGCUCUGAAACCAAACCUGGGAUCUUACUCUGCUGCACUGGAGUGUAUGGGCCGCUGGGUCACCUGCCCCUCCAAGGUCAUUACCAGGUGCCUAGAUCAGAUGAAGAAGGAGGGGCUGUCUGUGGACGAUCUGUUCAGCCAGUGUGUGUUUCACCAUGAUGAGAAAGACAUGGUGCUUAAGGCAGUGCAUGCGGUCCAUCCUGAGUAUCAGCCUCAAAUCCAGCAGACAACAAGCCAGUUCAGUCUACCCCUGGUUAACGACUUCUACACACAGAGGGAAAAUCACCAGUACCCCAAACUGCACUUGACUCAGGCAGAGCUCCUGGCGGGUUUCAAACGCCAGCUCAGCAUGGAGCUGGCCUGCACUGUCACCAUCAACUCUGUAGAGGCUGCCAAGCCUCUCACUGAAAACAUGGCAAAAAUGAGGGAGCAUUUGAAUAAUCUGAAUAAUCAGUGGCAUAAAACCCUUCUGAAGGCCUUCAGGGAGAAAAAGAUGAUCCUCGUAAAGACCAGCACCAAGUACCAGAGCCUUUAUCCUUACCUGUGUCUGUUGGAGGAUAAAGACUACGUAAACAUGAUGAUACAGAGUAUUUCAACCCUGCUUCCCACUGGAUUGACGCUCACAGCUUAUGCUUCCAGUCUGGGAACGCGGGUCUAUACCAAGUACUGUGUGCUUAGAAAACAACAGAAUCAGAUGGUGCAGAAGUUGGGAAACAUUUACAAGAGAUACGCACAGCUGUUGGCCAACAAUACCCAGACAUAUACCACCCUUCCCAGGGAGCAUUGGUGUCAGCUGGAGACGGAGCAGAAUUUAGGACUCAGAAUGGAACAUGGUGCAGAGAAAGGCUGGCCAGAUGUUGUUACACUAAAGCUGGGUUCUUACCUGGUGGAUUUGAUCGUGAAGAACCUCAAGAUUCGCAGUGACAUUCUGAACCCAGCCGAAAAACAGGCAUUGAUCCCCAUCCUCUACCACAUGUACACCUUCCGCAACUUUCAACAGAUCGGCUUCAUCAAGCCUCACCCCAUUCUGACUCAGAUCCUGAGCGAUGCAGUGGAGACCACGUUGACCUUCGACUCCUACAUCAUGCCUAUGCUGUGCCCUCCCGUGCCCUGGACUUCUGCGAGCUGUGGGGCUUACCUGCUGACGCCGACCAAUCUGACACGUGCGGUGGACGGGGGGAAACAACAAGAUGAGUUGGAAAAAUGCCCGAACCUUGAUGCAGUCCUGGACUCUCUCAACACGCUGGGGAAUUGUGCCUGGAGGAUCAACAAACCAGUGUUAGAUAUUAUUGUCUCUGUCUUCAAUGACCGGGGCAGUGAUAAGUUGAAUAUCCCACCACCACUGUCAGAGGCUCCUCAAAUACCCAACCUCAGCUUUCAAGAUCCUGCUAACAAGGCAGCUGAGAGGAACAAAAUGAGAGAUGAGGCCAAUAAUGCCAGGAAAAAGAGGAAUGAGAUGCACAGCCUGCGCAUGGAGGCUCUUUACAAACUCUCUAUUGCCAAUUGUCUGAGGGAUGAGAUUUUUUGGCUGCCUCACAACAUGGACUUUAGGGGACGGACAUAUCCCUGUCCACCGUACUUUAACCACCUGGGAGGGGACAUGGCUCGUUCCAUCCUUGUGUUUGCAGAGGGCAAACCUCUCGGUCCCAAGGGUCUGGACUGGUUAAAGUUACACUUAAUCAAUCUGACAGGUGUCAAAAAGAAGAGUUCACUGCAGGAGCGUCUGGAGUACGCCAACACGAUCAUGGAGGACAUUCUGGACUCUGCUGACAACCCUCUUGAUGGUAGGAAAUGGUGGAUGACUGCAGAUGAGCCUUGGCAGGCUCUGGCCUGCUGCAUGGAGAUAGCCAAGGCCGUAAGGUCCCCUGAUCCAACACAGUUCAUCUCGGGUUUUCCUAUACAUCAGGAUGGUUCCUGUAAUGGCCUCCAGCACUACGCUGCUCUAGGCAGGGAUGUUAUAGGUGCCACGUCAGUGAACCUCGUGCCCUGUGACGUGCCUCAGGAUGUGUACAUUGGAGUUGCUCAUCAGGUGGAAGCCCUUCGAGCGGAGGAUGCACAGACAGGUUUAAAGGUGGCCCAGGUCUUGGAGGGCUUCAUCAGCCGGAAGGUGGUUAAACAGACUGUGAUGACUGUGGUUUACGGGGUCACACGCUAUGGAGGACGCCUCCAGAUACAAAAAAGACUGGAAGAGAUUGAUGAGUUCCCCAAGGAGUAUGUCUGGGAAGCAUCCAGCUACCUGGUACGACUGGUGUUCAGUGCCUUGAAAGAGAUGUUCACAGGAACCAGAAAGAUUCAGGAUUGGUUGACAGAGAGCGCCAGGCUAAUAUCCAAGUGUGGCCACACAGUGGAGUGGGUGACACCCUUGGGUUUACCCGUCAUACAACCCUACUUCCGCCGACGCACCCAAGUGGUUAACAGUCCCCUACAGAAAAUCAACCUUCACAUGCAUGACAUCAAUGACAAACCUGAUACAGUCAAACAGAAGAAUGCGUUUCCACCAAAUUUCAUCCACUCCCUCGAUUCCACACACAUGAUGCUGACCGCCCUCCACUGCAACAGCGCUGGCUUGACUUUUGUCUCAGUUCAUGACUGCUUCUGGACACAUGCCUACACAGUGGACAUGAUGAACAAGGUGUGUCGAGAACAGUUUGUCAACCUUCACAGCCAGCCGAUUCUGCAAGAGCUGUCCGAGUCCCUGUUAGAGAAGUACUGCACUGAGCUACAGUCUGAAACAUACAUAAAGCUAAAGCAGCAUCUGGCCGAAGUUCCAGAGACGGGUAACUUUGACCUACAUCAGGUGAAAGAAUCCACCUAUUUCUUCAGCUGAAGUCUUCUAAGGGCCAACUAAUGGGGGAUGGAGAUGAAACUGGAAUUGGCAGAUUCCAGCGGGGGGGCUGCAGACUCCCGGGGUCUCUAUUGUUUUGUCUCCCUGAGACAUCACCACGUUGAUCCCGCUGCACUGGGUCUGUGACUGGUUCACAUGCUGCUCGGAGCUGCUGGAGGCAUUGACCCACAGUGAACCUGCCUGAUUAACUGACUGCUGUUCUGUCGGAAGGGAGGGGAGCGAGCGCAGGCACUCACCCAGGCGGAAGAUGAGGGAAUCAGCUCUGGAUGAGAAUGUUAAGGACUUCAAUCAAUGCAAAGUACUUCUUAUAGUGAUGCUCACAGCAUAUUCAGGUGUGUGAGAGUGAGAGUGAUACAAAAGUAGAAACGAGAGAGAGAGAAUGAACCAUAUAAUCGUAAAUCACACCAGAGCUGUGUUAAUUGCUUGUGAUUCAUGUGUGUGUGUGAAUAUGUGUGUGUGUGUGUGGUCCUGCUGUGCAGAACACACAGCACCCGCCUUCCUCUGCUACUAUCACACCUCUUUAUGGAUCCAACACUCACUGGAUGUCAGAAUCCUCCCUGACGUUAUGUUCGGUCACGUUAAACUUUUUGGGAUUUUUUUUUUUUUAAACGAGACUUUUCAGACAAAAUACUGCUGCACUGAAAUGUGAAACACUGGUCUGAGAGAAGAAUGGAAUCCUGAGUCAGAGAACAGAAAGAAUCGUGUCCCGGCCUUGAUUCAGUUCGUUGUUAAGGACAUAAAACGUCAGACAGGUGUCCUAAAAUAAAUGUGUUUUCUAAGCUGAUAUCCUAGCCAUAAAUGGCACAAUAAGUGGUUUGUAUUCACGUUGAAUACAAUGAAUGUAAUGGCACAGUUUUUUUUAGGUACCGUAUAUCAGGAGUUUUAUUUUUAAGGUGGAGUUUUCUUUAUAACCCAGUACAAAACGGUUUUUAGGCUUCACUUAUCAGCUGUAAUCUUUUUUUCUGGGCCAGUGCAGCAUUUUGGGGUAAAAAUAGCAGAAGUGCUAUCUGAUCAUAGCUGGAAAUGUUACAGCAGUUUCAAACAAAAGGUGUUGUUGAUGUUCAAAGGCACUGGUGUGUGCAGCCAAACAAAGCCGGCUGAGUGAUAAUCACGGAAGGUUACGCAGAGUCCGCCAGUAUGCUUUGCUUUUUUCAUAGGAUUUGCAUGCCACUGUGUAUAGGCAGAUGUCCCUUUUAUUUAAUAACAUUUUUUUUGUAAUUUUUAAAUAAUAAAAAAUAUGACAUAAUAUUUAAAAGAUCACUUGAAAUCACAGCAAAUGUUUUUUUGCAUACCCGUCCUUGGAUACACAUUAUGCUGCUCCACUGACUGAGAACACUCUGUCAUCUGUAUAAAAAACAUUGUUGCCAGAAAAAAAAGCAUGCAACCAGGUCCUCAAAGAACCAACCCACCAACCACCGCCCCCUGCUGGCCUCCACUAUAAAGUAUUGAACAGCGAUUAUCAACUGGCGGCCUGCGGGCUAAAUACGGUUCACCAUACUCAAUCCGGCCGUGUCUGGAUUCCCAAAUUUUGAGGAGGGUCCCCCACUAAUAAAGCAACUGAAUUAUUAGAAAGAAGAUUUGAGCUUUCAGUUCUAAAUGGUGUCUUGAUCCUUGUGAUCUGUACAAGAAUUCUUAAGCAUAUAUUUAACAUAAGCAUAUAUUUAACAUAUAUUUUUAUAUUUGUGAAGAUCCAUCUACACAUUCAGUACAUGUAAUAAAUUACCUGCCAAAAACCAGACCAAAACCCGAGGGGUCCACACCAGGAGCUCAAAGAAAAAAAGUCCUUUCUAUUUUUGAAACAGGUCUAAAACUGAUUGACAGGGAUUAUAAUUUGCAUGAAAAAUACUUUGUAUAAAAGUACCUUGAAAGUACUAACUUCAGUAUAGGGACAAAAAUGUUGUUCUGCGCAGACACAGUAAAACCUGGAACUCGGCCAAGUUCUCCUCCCAGCAGGCUCCAGCCCAGCGUGUCUCCUUUCCACCUUUAUAACUUUGAGGACACGUGUCAAACUUUUUCCUGCUAAUUACUCAGGGUCAUGUAUAUGGACGACGCCGCUCAGAUUUCACCAGUCCAGUUUGUCUUGAGGUUUAAGAGAAGGUUUAAGAGCCAGUGGAAGAUCACCGGUUGUUAUGGUCUGGUUCGGUCAGGACGGUGUGUACACGGUACAACUGCCCGUGGCUUUGGCUCAGAGGGCAAACAGGAUAUUGAAGAUGUCCUUACAGUAAUUUGCAGAUACUGAGCGCCUUGAUGGGUCCGUCUCACUUUGUCUGAGGUGAUUUCAAGGAUGUGGUCGGUACAACCUGCAGUGAUGAAGUACAGUCUGUCCUGCAGCAGGAAACGCUUGGAUCACUUUGAUUACAAGGCCUCUCUCCAGACCUGCUGAUGCAUGAUUUUGUCAAAGGUGUGUAUCAGUACUAUCCACAUAGUAUGCACUGAAUUUUAGUUUGUCACUAAUAUUUGAUUCUCUACUGCAGUGAUCAUCAACUGGUGGCCCGCUGACCGAAUCUGGGGCGCUGAACUGUCAAAUCGGGUCAUGACGUGAUUGGACUGGAAGGUGAUUUUUAUUUUGUUUUAUUUGAUCAUCCGGUCACGGCUAGGUGUCUGUCCAGAAAAAUACUGUCCCUCUGAGAACUACCAUAUUCAUCAUCUUUGCAAAACCCUUGACCUUCUGACCUCCUGCUUCCCUCUCUCAAACUUUUUCUCUCCACCAAAUCAUAUAAUAUAAACUGCAUUAAUAUGAAUGUGGACAUUCUGUACACGACCAUGAUGGACACGUUUCCUCAUUCGAUAACAUGUAGCUGUACGUGUCACCGACACAUGCUAAAGUGUCUUACAUGACCACAGUGUAGGGGCUUUUAGUAAGCCCGUUAUCCCCACCGACGAGAUGGUCGGACAGGGAACACUGUGGAAGUGUUGUCGUUAGAUGCCAGGCGUGCCAGAGGUGGAAACCACUCUUCGAUAACUUGACCACUCAGGCUCACUCACUUUGAUGUCUCUUCCAGCCCAUGGACUCCGCGGUCUAUCUGCUAGCAUGGCGUCAUGAAUGGCUGGCAUUCAUCAGCAGAAGUGAAGGAGCAGAAUAUUCAGAUGAGGAGGAGAGGAGAGAAGAGGAGGCAGGAGAGGAGGGGAGAGGAGCCAUGGUUUUAUGUCUGUAGCUGUGAGGCCCAGUUUUGCAUUGAGGACCUGCUGUUACACAGUUAUUUAGCAAUGAAUCAUUUGUAAAAAAUGAGUAAGUACACAUGCAGUAUAAUUUAAAGGAUCUUUUGACAUGUACUAUAUUGCUGUUUAGUAGAUUUUGUUUUUUUGACAUUUUUGGAAAUAUAUAUCUAAUAAAUGUAUACUGAACUGGAGAUGAAAAUAAAUCAAGAGCGUUGCUAUGAACCAUCAGUAACCACGGUAACCACAGCAAAAAAUGUCAACCUCACGUGAUGUAAUAAUAUUACUCUUUAAAGGUUUUGUUACAAAGGAAACCUAUACAGUAACUAACCAUGAUUUUCAGAUCUAAAAAUAAUAGAAAAAAAAAAGAAAAGAAGUCAGACAUUUAAUCAGGAGUAGCAGUAAUCAAAUACAGUUUAUUUAUUCUUCAUAUUAUCCUUACAUGUAUUGCAGUGGUAUAUAAACAACAAGAUAUAGUUGCAUCGUGAGGAUCUUGCAUCUAUGUUUACAGCCACGACAGCUACAAUAUAUGCUAGGCACUAGGGAUGCACAAUACGUUAAAAUGGGAGAUGACAGUUGGAAACAAACACUUGUCAUCUGAUUUGUCAUGAAUGUAGUUGUUGAUUGUGUCAGUAGUGUCUUUGCAGCUAAACCAUGUAUUUAUUAAGUGCUAUUUUACCCACUGGGAUCUGAGAAGGAAGGAGGCGAGCAAAUAAUGGUCGUCUUUUAGAGCUCUGAUGUUUAACUAGUGAAAGCCUAGGACGCAGUCAACCGUUGAUUAUUUAUAUAAAAUGACCCUGGACAUUUGUGUCUUCCAAUAAAGUCCUGGAAAAAUCUAAAGGGUUAAAUCUAGGCUCAUUUCCAGGUAUUAUUUAAUACAGCAAUCAUGUAAAGUACUGUUUAAAAAUGUAGUAGCCACUGAGGUGAAUGUAGUGAAUGCAAAUAAAAAGAGUGAACAGAAGUGAAAGAGGGAAAAUAAGUAAGCAAAAGAUAAGGCCAGAGAGGAUGUACAGCAGGUUAUGAUAAAGGAGAGAGAUGGAUUUGUAUUUUUAAUGAGUCGAUGUAUGUAAUGUACUUUGAGAAGCAAACUAAUCA